CAAGAAGCCGAUCCACUCCAAGCACAGUCGAGCAGAAGCCUAAAGCGAGUGAGAUUUCCCCCUUCCCAUUGAUUCCAGUUCGUGUUCCAAGAAACCAAAAUGGCCUCCAACCAGAACCAGGCCAGCUACCACGCCGGCGAGACCAAGGCCCGCACCGAGGAGAAGACCGGGCAGGUGAUGGGCGCGACCAAGGACAAGGCGGGGCAGACCACGGAGGCCACGAAGCAGAAGGCCGGCGAGACCACGGAGGCCACGAAGCAGAAGGCCGCCGAGACCACGGAGGCGGCCAAGCAGAAGGCCAGCGAGACGGCCGAGGCCACCAAGCAGAAGGCCGCCGAGGCCAAGGACAAGACGGCGCAGACGGCGCAGGCGGCCAAGGAGAAGACGUACGAGACGGCGCAGUCGGCCAAGGAGCGCGCCGCCCAGGGCAAGGACCAGACCGCCAGCACCCUCGGCGAGAAGACGGAGGCGGCCAAGCAGAAGGCCGCCGAGACCACGGAGGCGGCCAGGCAGAAGGCCGCCGAGGCGACCGAGGCGGCCAAGCAGAAGGCGUCGGAGACGGCGCAGUACACCAAGGAGUCCGCCGUCGCCGGCAAGGACAAGACCGGCAGCGUCCUCCAGCAGGCAGGGGAGACGGUGGUGAACGCCGUGGUGGGCGCCAAGGACGCCGUGGCCAACACGCUGGGCAUGGGCGGCGACAACACCAACACCACCAAGGACAACACCACCGGCGCCACCACCAAGGACACCACCACCACCACCAGGAAUCACUAGACGCAUGUGUUCCCGCUUAAUUUGCUUUGCUUUAGUAGUGUUUGGUCGUUCGCGGGCCUUCUACAUAUUUGUAUGUUUCCACUCUUUCGUGAUUUCAGCUCAUUUGGUGUAAAAGUUUGCCUUCGAUUUGAUGUACUCCUCGUGUCCGGUUCUGUAUUAGUACGAGUUAUGGUCCAUAUACUUUGGUGUAAAUGGAUAUCGAGGACACUCGAAGGCGGCAAUAAAGUGUAAUUUCUUUA